AUGACUGAAAAAGGAUGGGGUGUUGGGGCAACAUGCCAGGUUUUACAUCUAAGAGAAAGAGUCGGCAGUUAUGAUUACUACUCCCAACAGACUCAGGUCGGCGGUGGCCAGACUGGUGGUGGAGUAGCGAGUCGCGGAAACACUACAACCGCCUCCACCAGUGGCAACCAUCAUCGUCAUCACCACCAAUUAGGACCUCCUCCCCCAGGAGGCUACCAGCCGGGACCAUUACGUGCUGGCUACCAUGGCAAUGGAGGUGGCGGCGAGGCAACCCUCCUUCAGCAACAAUCCACUGCAGCUCCUCCACAGCUUGCGGAUAAUCAGGGCAUCAGAGCGCGUUCUUUCACUCAGCGUGGUGGUGGGGGACCGCCCAAUCGAUUCUUUAACGACUACGAGACUCAAUUUGUCGUCAAGGUAAAUUUGUCUUUCUUUUCCCUUUAUUAA